UGCCGGGGUAACGGAGUUUUGGGGUUGUGCGGUAUGUUGCCGGUGAAGUAGGAUCUCCCGCCCUUUUUCAAUCAAGCAUUCUGUCUCUUAUUUGUUAUUUAUAACGAAUAGCUGAUAUAUCCCACGGCUGCCUUAGGAAGCCCAAGAAACUCAGAACGGAACAGAAAACGAAUCUUCAUCACGCGGAGAAGAGGCCCAAGUGCACACUGGGACAGUUUAGAAAGCGCGCCAUACCGCUGACGAGCGCCUCGGAGGCGGCAGUAGCGUUUCCAUCCCGGCUUGCAGAAGUUUCCUCUUUAAACACCAGUUUAAGCCAAGAGAAAUUGACGCCGUCUCUUUUUAAGAGCAGGAUGUUAGCUAAAUAGCUAGCUAUGACACAGCCGGCCCUUCGAGUAACCAGAGCAAGGCGGCGAGGGGAAUACUAACCCGAAGAGUCCUGUUAUUGUUUUUCAGCGACAGCUAAGACGCUAGCCUAGCUUGAUGCUAGCGACGCGUUGAAUGUCGGAAAAACCGUUGGGAAGCGCUUUGUGUUCUUGUAGGAAUCUGGAGUUCAUGGUUGUGCAGUAUUUUGACGUGUUUUUUUGCGGUAAAAGGAGCUUUAUUUAUUAGUUCAUCGUCGCUGUCACUUGCGAGUUACGAUGGCACCAUUGCUGGGCCGGAAGCCCUACCCGCUAGCGAAGCCGCUCGCCGAGGCGCCAGGCCCAGGAGAAGAAGUCUACAUCAUCGGACACACCAAGGAGGCCUUCAGGAACAAAGAAGAGUAUGAUGUGCGGAUGCAGAGGUACAGUGAGCGGAUCUGGACGUGUAAAAGCACGGGCAGCAGCCAGCUCACGCACAUGGAGGCCUGGGAGGAGGAGCAGGAGGUCACUGAGCUACUGCAGGAAGAGUACCCUGUGUGGUUUGAGAAACCAGUUCUGGAGAUUGUACACCACAACACAGUGUCUCUGGACAAACUGGUGGAUCUGGCCUGGGUGGAAAUCCUCACCAAGUACGCUGUCGCAGAGGAGUGUGACUUCCUGCUUGGUAAGGAUAAAAGUUUGCGGGUGAAGGUGGUGAAAAUCCAUCCAUUGGAAGCCACUCCAGAGGAGACCGCUGAGAAGAAGCUGGAAGGAGCAUGCGAUUCCCCCUCCAGCGACAAAGAGAAUGCUAGCCAGGAGAUCCAGAAGAAGGAGCAGCCCAAAGAGGAGGAGAACAGGAGAGACAGCCUGUGCGAUCGUGCACGCCGCUCACCCAGAAAGCUCCCCACCAGUAUGAAGGAAGAGAAGAAGAAGUGGGUGAUGCCUAAAUUCCUGCCCCACAAAUAUGACGUGAAGCUGCUCGAUGAAGACAAAGUGAUCAGCGAUGUGCCGGCGGACAGCCUCUUCAGGGACAGAGAGGCCGCCCAACAAGAGAUCAUGCGCUACUUCAUCAGACACUAUGCACUCAGGCUCGGCACAGGAGAGAGCGCCCCCUGGGUUGUGGAGGACGAGCUGGUCAAAAAGUUCAACCUGCCCAGCAAAUUCAGCGACUUCCUCUUAGACCCACAUAAGGUUAGUAUUUUUUUGGCGGAAAACCCCUCAUCUAAGAGAAAGAGUCUCAGCUCUCCAGAUGGGAAACCCAACAAGAGGUUGAAGAUGGCUGAGUCUGGAGCCGAGAUGGAUGGCCGUAACGAGAAGGGGAAGAAGAGGAAGAAGAAGAGCGACUCUCAGAACAUGCCUCUGAGCCCCACGCUCUGGGGAAACAUGCAGGUGAAGAAAGUGAACGGUUCUCCGCUGAAGGUGAAGAAUUCUGGCACUCCCAAGAAAUCAGAGAGCAAGAAGCUCACCGAGGCGAAGAAGAAUCGCAAGUCGCCAGGUGGCCAGAAACACUCCAAAAAAGACGAGAAGGGCUCCGGGAGCUCCAAGAAGCCCAAAAUGAAGCAAAUGACCCUGCUGGACCUGGCGAAGAGCCCCCCGGCCUCGGGCAGCCCCAAGAAGAGGGUGCGGAGCUCAGGCCCUGGCACGCCGAAGCUGGGCAAACCUCUGCCACCCAUGGCACUGCACCUGCUGCGCUUCUACAAGGAGAACAAGGGCAAGGAGGACAAGAAGAAUGCACUGUCCUCCAUGGUAACGCGGGCAGCUAAGACACUGUCGGUGGAGGACCGUGGGCGGCUCCCCGAGGAGCUCCGGGAGCUGGUGCAAAAGCGCUGGGAGCGCCUGGAGGAGCGGCGUCGCUGGGCCCUGCUGAGCGACGAGGAGAAGCAGGAGGCCAUACGCAAGAAGCGGGAGGAGGUGAAGGAGAAGCUGCGUGAGAAGGCGAAGGAGCGUCGCGAGAGGGAGAUGCAGCUGCGCCGCGAGCAGCAGCGUCGCUACGAGGACCAGGAGCUGGCGGGCCGGACGCUUCCUGCCUUCCGCCUGGUGGACAUGCCCGACGGCCUGCCCAACACGCUGUUCGGCGAUGUGGCCAUGGUGGCGGACUUCCUGAGCUGCUACGCUGAGCUGCUGAUGCCUGACGACCAGUACCCAAUCACGAGCCAGAUGCUGAUGGAAGCGCUGGCGGCUGACAAGGCUGGCUUCCUCUACCUGAACCGCGUGUUGGUGGUGCUGCUACAGACCCUGUUGCAGGACGAGCUAGCGGAGGCCUACAGUGAGCUGGACAUGCCGCUCUCCGAGAUCCCGCUCACCAUGCACUCUGUGUCGGAGCUGGUGCGCCUGUGCUUGCGACCGUCAGACGCGCAGUGUGACGAGAGCGCCCGUGGGUCCGACCAGUGGCCGACUGCGUCCACCGCCGGCGGCUACGACGACGUGGUGAGCGCCGCUAUGCUGGAGCGUCUGGAGACGGCCGAGGUGUUCGAGUUGACGCCGGCGGAGAAGGUGGGGCUGCUGGUGGCACUGUGCCACCGCAUCCUGAUGACGUACUCAGUGCAAGACCAUGUGGAUGCCGUACAGCAGCGCUCCGCCGAGCUCUGGAAAGAGCGGCUAGCCACGCUCAAGGAGGCCAACAUCCGCCGGCGUGCCGAGAAACAGCGUCGCAAGGAGCUGCUGGAGGCCAAGGGGCAGGGGGCGGCGGCCAAGCCUGAGGAGGCGGCCAGCAAGGCCGAGAAGAAGAAGGAGGGCGGAGUCAAGAAGGAGGCACCCAAGGUCAAGGCGGAGCCUGAGGACAUGAUCAGCACGGUGAAGAGUCGCCGGCUGAUGGCCAUUCAGGCCAAGAAGGAGAAGGAAGAAAUGGAACGACAGAAUAAAGAACGUAUGGAGAAGGAGGCGGAGGAGGAGCGUUUGCGGAAGCAGAGAGCCGCUGCAGAGAGGGCCUUCCAGGACGGCAUCACCAAGGCCAAGCUGGUCAUGAGGAGAAUACCGUUAGGCACCGACCGCAACCACAACCGGUACUGGCUGUUCUCUGACGUGGUCCCAGGGCUGUACAUAGAAAAGGGCUGGGUACAUGACACCAUCGAGUACUGCUUCACCCUUGUGCCUGAGGAAGAGGACGAGGACGAAGAGGACGAUGAAGACGAGAUGAAGAAAGAGGAGGAUAUGGAGGAUGGGGAGAAGGAAGAUGAUGAAAGUAUUGCCAGCAUCACUAAUGAGAGUGGCCAGCAGGGGGUGCCAGCUCCUGAGACCUGCAUAGAGACCACUGUGCCCAAACAAGGCCAAAACCUCUGGUUUGUGUGUGACACCACAAAAGAUUUUGAAGAGCUUCUAGAAAGCCUCCACUCACAGGGUGUGCGGGAGAGUGAAUUGAAACUGAAUCUGGAACUCAAGUUCCAGGACAUCGUGCACUCCAUGCACCUGAGUCGGAAGGGCAGUAUACGUCUGAGGCCCUGUGACGGAUACCAGGAGCUCAUCCGCUACCUACGCAGUGAUAUAAUAGAGGUGGCGUCCCGCCUGCAGAAGGGUGGCCUGGGCUUCAUGGAAGACACGGCCGACUUCGAGGAGCAGGUGCGAGACCUGGAGAAGCUGAGGGUUGGUGAGUGUGUGAUCACGCUGCAGGAGAGUGUGAUAAAGAAGUUCCUGCAGGGCUUCAUGGCUCCCAAGCAGAAGAAGAAAAAGAAGGAAGUGUUGGAGGGAGGUGGGAAGCCCGAAGAGGUGGAUGAGGAGAAGAAACUGGCAGAGGAAAGCCCGGGUGUGGCGACGGCAGUGGAGAAGUGGAAGGUGGCGAUCCGUGAGGCGCAGACCUUCUCACGCAUGCAUGUGCUCCUUGGCAUGCUCGACGCCUGCAUCAAGUGGGACAUGUCCGCGGAGAACGCACGCUGCAAAGUGUGUCGCAAGAAAGGAGAGGAUGAUAAGUUGAUUCUGUGUGAUGAGUGUAAUAAGGCCUUCCACCUGUUCUGUCUGCGGCCGGUGCUUUACCGCAUACCCGAGGGGGAGUGGCUCUGCCCAGCCUGUCAGCCAACCAUCGCUCGCCGCUAUUCUCGUGGCAGGAACUAUAAUGAAGACUCUGAAGAAGAGGAGGAAGAAGAUGAGGACGAUGAGGAUGAGUUGGAUGAUGAAGAAUCUGAGGAAGAGGAACAGAGGGACACGGGGCACAGCUUGAGGCCGAGGAAGAAGCUGAAGUCGUUCCUGCGGACUAAAGUCCAGAGCAAGUCGCUAUCCAAGAAACACUCCCUUCCCAGUGCUAAACUGCACUGAAAAACAGCUAAGCAUGCCUCGAAACCCUCGCCGAGAAGCGCUCUGAACGCGGGUGGGUCCAAGCAACCAGCAGAUAUCGACGAACUGGUGAGGAACCCCAGUGGUUGUGGGGGGAGCAGGCAAGCGCAGGAGCUUGAGAAGUGUGAGGAGAUCCUGCAGAAGCUGAUAAAAUUCCGUUACAGCUGGCCCUUUAGAGAGCCUGUGUCAGCAGAGGAGGCUGAGGACUACCAGGACAUCAUCGUCUCGCCCAUGGACUUCAGCACCAUGCAGAGCAAGUUCCAGUCCUCGCAGUACCGUGGCACGCACGACUUCAUCGAGGACAUGAAGCUGGUGUUCUCCAAUGCCGAGGAGUACAACCAGCCUGGGAGCAGUGUGCUGCAGUCUGUGGUGCGCACGGAGCAGACCUUCACUGAGCUCCUGAGGAAGAUCCUGCCGGGGGUGAGUUACCUGCGUCGCCGCGUCCGCAAGCGUGCCCUGCCCCUUCGCCGGGACGAGGAGGAGGACGACGAAGAAGAGGACGAGGACGAUGAGAAAGGGGGAAGGAAGAUGCAGAACGGCAAGCGGGGCAGACCGCCAACCAGAGGCCGGGAGGAGAGUGGCAGUGGAGGGCGGGGAGUGGGGCACGGUGGGCGUGUGCGUAAACGGGUGGAGAGUGAGGAAGAGGAGGACGAGGAGGAGGAGGAGGAGGAGGAGGCGGCAGGCAGGAGGCGGAGCAAGCGGACAGUGACCAUGGUGACACGGAAGGACUAUCGGGAAGAUGAAAGCGACAGCGAGAGGGAGAACAGGAGGACUGGCUCAAGGAGGGCGGUGACGAGAGCAGUACAGGAGGCGGAGCCAAGCAGUGACGAGGACUCGGUCAACCAGCGACAUUCCAAGAAGCAGAAACGCUCGCUUUAAAGUCCAGGGUGGUGUGUGGGGGGUUUUUUUUUGGGGGGG